AUGCAACCUAGGGCGGUUCCCUCGUUAAUAGUAACUGGAAAAAAGACAGGUAUCGGCUUCAUUACGCAAGCGGAGUACUUGUCCCAAGUAUUUGGGCACAGUUUAUUACAAUAUUCGAAAGAAACAUCGCAGAAAACUGAUCUUGUUAGAAGUUAUUCAGUUAAUAUAUUUCGUACUGAAAAACAGACAUUUUUUCUGUAA